UCGGCGUUGUCAGACUGCCAUUGUUUAUGUACCGCACGCGUCACUCCCACGGACAUAAAUAUGUCACGUGACAAUGUUUCUGAACUCUGGGAUAGACGUACGCCCAUCCCGAUAUUCUUUGGUUCUUAGGAAGGUCAGCUUUUGUCCCUUCCUAGCCGUGCUUGACCUCGUGGCAAAAACGAUUGGAGCUUACAAUAAUUUGUGGCUGAUGAAAGUCGCAGCAAUGUAUUAGAAUAAGACAUCGCAAGCAGAAGAGUAAAGGCUCGCGGAUGUCAACAUGUGCAGUAAGUGGAGCGAAUAUGGAAGGAUUUUGCAAGAAAAGGGGCUGGUAACUCAGUUCGCCUUCUACAGCAAGGGAGGUCAUCUUUGGGCAACAACUAGUUCACACUUCCAAGUUGAGCCUGAGGAGUUUACUUACCUGACAGCUGGAUUUCAGGACGACUCAGGGUUGCGGCAGCGGGGGCUGCGGGUGGGCGGCAGCCACUACACCAUGACGCGACUCAGCAACCGCGGCAGCAUCAUGGUCGCCAGGGACGCGGCCUCCGGACACGGCUGCGUCAUCUGCUGCUGCAGCCGCUGCGUCAUUGUGGCGGCGUACGAAGACAGCUCGCAGCUGGGUGCGUGCUACAGCGCGGUGGAGCGACUCGGUGAUUUCCUGCUGGACAAGGGCUUCUGAUGGCCAGCGAUGACGUCAUCGCCGCCAUGUUCAGAGUUCUAGACAGACAUGGCGACUUUCUGCCGGACAAGAGAAGGGACUGCAGAUGUGAAAUCUGUGUAUGCACUUAACACACAUAUAUAUAUAUCAACAUUCCUUUCACUUUUAGUUAAUAUUUUUCAAUCACCAUUCUCCUCCUCCUCCUCCUCCUCAUCAUCAUCAUCACAGAUGGUCCUGGUCAUGAAUUUUUGGCGGAAGGUUUUAAAUUCCAUGUCAAGCUGUUUGUCAACAUCAGUUUCGUGGCAACAAUUAGUUCCAUUCCGGUUUUUGAUGUCGUCUGAUCCUCGUGUCAUCAGAAGUGUGGAGUUUUCAGUUUUCAUGUCAUCAUUUUCGCCAUCUCUAGAGUUACUCGCCAUUCACACGUAAAUGCAUACAAAUAAAACUCUUUUAGGCUCCAGCACAUUGUAUUUUUUUACUUUAAUGCUUUGAAAAAGUAAACAAAAACAAACAUUGCAUUUCUGUAUGUCCAACCCACUCCGACUCACUUUCUGGCUUCAAAAAAGAUAUUGAAAUAAAAAUGGAAUUCCUCAAAGAUGAAAGGCACUUUACUGCGUCAUAGUAUUGUAGACAAUACGUUCCGAAACUAGAAUAAAACUGACUAAACACUAAUAGUCCGUGACUAAUAACAAAGGUGGUCAAGUUAGUUUUCCAGGCGAACACCGAACCGUUGAGGUUCUGACUGAAAGAUAAGUGCAUUAACCACCAGGCUACACCUACACCUCUCUAGUUAAAAGCUUUUCUAACCUUUGAAAGCAUUUAUUAGACACGUCUAGCAUCCAUUAUUAAAUACUCAGCUAGUCUAGUGUUUGAAAAGUUAUGCUACUUGCCUAGCCUACUUGUAAAAACAAUUUUCACUGUAUUGAUAAACAAUAUUUUCCAAAAUCUGCGGGGAAGAGAGCAGAAUGAAGCCGACAACUUCACACGCACACAUAAACACAUACUUUGCACUGAAUGUAUGAACAGUUCUCGUAGAAGAAUUUUCUAAGCUACCUUUGUAUGCCAGCUUAAUAACAGAAAACGAGCCAAACUGCAAGCUCUUUGAAUUUUUUUUAUAUAUAAAUACAGAAAUUAAACAACGAAACAAAAACAUAAAACUCUUUGGCUAUCUAUGAUUAUCGAGUCAAGCAUCGACAAUGACACGACAGCAACUAAACACAUAUUGUAUAUAUAUAUACAGUAACAU